AUGAUCGACACCAGUGUGUUGAUCAGCAAGUACUUUCUCAUCUUUGAGAUAUUCUUCUUCAAUAUCAUAGGAGUAUUCGGGAAUGUUCAGCUGCUCUGGGCGACUUUUCGAAAAGAAUUUACUCACUCUAAGCCAGGGAUGUUGCUUGGAAUGAACGCUUUUUAUCACAUCAUAUGUCUUCUUUCUGAGGCAAUAAACGCUGUGUUCCUUCUUUGUGAGUAUUCACCAAGUAAACGGACAUGUCAUUCAUUUUUGGCGCUCUAUAUUUUUAUGAUGUGUCAACAAUGCAUGACCUUCCUAAUGAUAUCGCUGGAUCUCCUCAUCGCCCUUGUCCUUCCAGUGAGAGUACAUCUUUGUAAAAAAAAGUUACUGCUCGGAGCCUUAAUGUUGUUUCCAGCAAUCGAGGCACCAUGGGGCGGGUACCCUUCAAUGGAAAGAGGUGACGGCGUGCAGAAUUCUCUCACACCUUACGUCUCCAACGCACUUCUGCUAUCUGGCAAUAUCAUCUGCUUUGCCACCCUUGCCACUUACAUCGCUAUCAUCAUUUUAGUGGUCAUCAGAGUUUAA